GAAGUUAUUUACCCCAAGUCCCUCCCUCCUUGCCUGCGAACUUCCAACGUCCUGACGCUGCCUCUUAAUUCUCGCCUUCGACCAUGGCGCUUCCCUCCGACUUAUUCGCUGUCUACGUGGCUUUUCCAGUCGUCUUCCUCCUUGCACUACUGCCCGGAACUUUUGCAAACUUGGACGCUCCAUCGUCGCUGUUGCAGCCUUAUGAUUUUUUGUACUACAAAGGUGUACGGGCGUACUUCGGGGGAGAGUGGGCCAAGGCUGCAGAGAUCCUGGAGAGGUCCAUUGCGACCAAGGAGGCUCUGUUCAAACACCGACGACUGUGUUAUGAGGAGUGUGUGUCUGCAGGGCGAGAUGCACUACAACAACUGGACAGUGAAGAAGGGAGCCUAUGGGACCUUUGGGUCCUGGACUGGAUACAGAAGAAGGCAGAGUGUUUGAGGUUCUGUAUAGGACGCUCUGUCACUCCAGUGGGACAACUUCCUGUUUCUACAGACAUUGAUUAUGAGUUCAGCUCUAGGAACAAUUACAACUUCCUGCAGGUUACUUAUUUCAAGAUGGAAAAGCUGCAAAAGGCAGCGGCAGCAGCUCAGACUUACUUUGUGGCCAACCCCAAUCACCUGGAGAUGAGGAACAACAUUGAGAAGUACAGAAGGAUGGAGGGAGUGACCGACGAAGCCUUCCAGGACAGAGAAAUAGAGAGUGAAAAGCAUUGGGUGCUGUAUGAUGCCGCACUCCAGCACGAGGCGUUAUCUGAAUGGGCACAGGCGGCCAAAGCGUGGCGAGCGUGCGUGAACGAAACGCUGCGUCACAUAGAAGAGUGCAGGGUGCAGUGUGUGGUAGCCUGCCAGCGCCUGCCUGAGGACAGGGGAGUAGACAGCAUGGACGGCGUGUUCGAGAAAGCCGCCGCUCUUUCCCUGUCGCUGCUGUCUUGUCAACAGUGGUGUGUGACGCAGGUGGCCACACGUCCUGGUAGGAUCUCCUCUCAAGACGACUUCCUGCCCUCUCAGCUUGAGCACAUGCAUAUUGCACAGUUUAAAGCUGGAGAUAUCAAAGGUGCGGUGCAGACGCUUCGCUCCCUUCUCCUCUUUCACCCGUCUGACAAAGACUCCACAGACAACCUGCAGCUUUACGUUGAGACACUAGGGGGAAACAAAGAGUCACAGCCUUCUCAGGAGAUAUCUCGUUAUGUCAGGCGCUCAUUGCAGGAGAAGAAGCUGCUGUAUUUCAGUAUGGAGAAUUUAAAUUUCACCUUCAUUGACCCAGAUCUUUGGACUCCCGAGGAUGUUGUCCCUGAAUCCCUCAGGAAAACAUGGAGAGCUGACAAAGAGAAAAUGAAUGAACAAAUUAAAGAGGAUGAGCAGCAAGAGGAGGUGGAUGACAGCGGCUUUUAUGCAGGUGGUGUAGUCCCUCAAGUGGGUGUGACCAUCACCAUGGAUGACCAGCUCCUAAACGGCACCAAUCGGGUGGUCCUGGAUGGAGUCAUGACUGACAAAGAGUGUGACAGCAUGUUAAAGUUGGCAGCAGCGGUGGCGUCUGCAGGAGACGGUUACCGGGGGCGACGGUCUCCCCACACACCUCACGAGACGCUGGAUGGCCUUACCUUGUUAAGAGCUUGGAAGCUGGCUCAGGAUGGUGUAGUCAACGAAACUGACGCCAAGUUGUUACACGAACUGGCCGAGAGAGCGCGGAACCUUCUCCAUUCCUACUUCAGGAGCCCCUCGGGACUGUUUGUCGCUUUCACACACCUGGUCUGCCGGAGUGCAAUUGCAGGUGACCAGAAGGGCAGACUGGACCUGUCUCAUCCUGUCCAUGUGGACAAUUGUCUCUUAGAACCUGACACAAAACAGUGUUGGAAGGAACCACCGGCUUUUAUACACCGAGACCUCAGUGCAAUUCUCUAUCUGAAUGACAACUUUGUCGGUGGCGAGUUGUUCUUUACAAACAGAGACACCAAAACAGUGACCGCCACGGUCAAACCGACAUGCGGUCGACUCGUAGGCUUCUCAUCAGGACCAAUAAAUCCACACGGUGUUACCGCGGUAACCAAAGGGCGGCGGUGUGCGCUGGCUCUGUGGUUCACCAAGGAGAAGUUGUACAGGGACAUGGAGCGAGAGGAAGUAGAGACGGCGUGGGCCGCAGACGGGCAGGCCGUGACAACGACGGAUGAAAAGGAGGAGCAGAAGAACACUCGCAAUCAAGCGCCAGCUAAGGCAGCCAGCAGAGGGAGAGGACGGGUGACAGCGGGCAAAGAUGAACUGUGAGCCUGGCAAAAGUGGAUUUCCUGUCACUGGAACUUGUCUACCAAUGAAACUAAUUUAUAAGAGAAGAACGAUACACCUUAUUAUGUGUUAUCAUAACUGAAGUUAAGUAUCAGGUUUUCAGUCUACAUUUGUCUUCAAUGCUGUAUGAACAGUAUGUUCGCUUUUAGUGAUAUUUGACACAAGAUUUCCCCAGUUUCUGAGGUCAAAGUUAUAUCAUCGUAAAUUUUAAGUGAAGUUUGGAAACUUUGGGGUAUUUUUUGCUCUAUGUCACAUAGAUUUUUAAAUAAUAUGAAUGUGAUCCAAGUCGGCUGCUGUAGCUAAAUUUAAAUUGAUCUUUUCUACGGUCAUACUGUCACUUUAAAAAAAAAACUGUCAUACAAGUACUUUCAAAAAAGUUAACCGCUGCAUAAUAAAACUACAUUUAUCUAAGAAAAUGCCGAACAAACACAAUUGAAAGAGAACAUGGAGGUAUUUGCAGAGCAAUACGUUUACCAGGUUUGAAGAGUAAACGUUCUCUGCCUGUAAAAUUUGUGUGUGUAUCUAAAUGACAAGUUGCUUAUACUGUUCUGAGCAGCCUAACCCUUUGCUAGUUUGCAGUAAGUUCCAUUUGUUUCUAUGGUUAUCAUCACCCUUUUCCCUCUUUGCUUUUUUCUGUGAUUGCAAAAAAACAACAACACACACACAAAGGCAAAGAAAAAAAUGCAUAAUCCUA